GGGGGGUUUUAAAAGAAAAAACGGAGGUGAAAAUCGAAAGAGAGGUUCACAGGUUCAGUUCCCCAUUGAGGUUUUGAGGUAGAAGACGCAACGAACAAUCGUAGCUCACCACACCAACUUCUUCUUCUUAUCAUACCUCCUCUUUGAUUGCAAUUCGAUCCAAGAUAUAAUUCGAUACAUAAAGUAUACAGAGAUUAUCAAGAUGAAGACGACAAAGGGGGGCAAAGUCAUGAACCCUACCGACGCUUAUAGGAAGGAGCUUCGCAAGAAAGAAUUGAAGAGGAACAAGAAAGAAAGAAAGAAAGUAAGAGAAGUAGGGAUACUGAAGAAGGAUCCUGAAACCCUCAAGGAGCAAAUCGACAAGUUGGAAGCAAUGAAGGCGGAUGGUGCUUUGGAUAAAGCCAGAAAACACAAAAAAAGACAACUUGAGGACACAUUGAAUCUUGUUAUGAAGAAAAGAAAGGAAUAUGAAGAAAAAAUGAAGGAAAAGGGUGAAGCUCCAGUUAUGUUCAGUCAUCUGGGACUACCAAGAAGACGGACUGCUGAGGAAGAAGAAAGAGCUAAGAACCUAAAACCUGAGGAUUCUAUUUAUUAUCAUCCUCAAUGGAAUCCAACUGGUGCACCUCCACCUGGAAAGCCUCCAAUGUACAAGUCAUCGAUAGGACCAAUUAUACCCUUAGUGGAAGGUUCAACAAGUGAUGCUGCAGGAUUAGAGUCAGAUGAUGUUGACUCGUCGAUUCCUCCACCACCACCGCCACCUCCUCUGCCACAAAGUGGCGGCGAUACAGAGGCCGGAGAUGACGCUCCACCUCCGUCUUUACCUUUACCACCUCCACCACCAAUGCCGCCAAAGCCCGCCACAACAGAGGUAGGCGGCACUAUCUUGCCGCCACCGCCUGGCCCUCUUCCACCCCCUCCUCCACUGCCACAAUCCAUAUCCACCCUAGCACCACCGCCUCCGGGGACUGCCGGAACUGGGGAGAAAUCUCAGUCUUUAAAAUCAGAUUCCAACAUUUCUCAGCUUCCUCCACCACCUCCACCACCACCAAAGCCCACCGGAAACCAAUCUGAAGGUGGUUUAGAAGCCAAGGACUUCUCAAAAAUGGUUCCACCACCACCACCUCCUCCACGUCAACCACCACCCGGGAUGAUCCCGGUUUUACCAACAGACAUGCUACCGCCAGGGAUGUCUCGCUUUCCACUACCACCACCACCACCACCUCCAGACAUGCGACCACCACCAUUACCCCCCCUAGGAAUUCCCGGCCCACCACCACCUCAUCCGGGAAUGAUGAUGCCAAGGCCGCCAUUCGGGCCGCCACCAAUGAUGAGACCGCCACUUCCUCCCGGACCACCACCAAUUCCAAUGGACGAUCAGUUUUCAAGACCACCAACUGUACCUCAAAAACCAUCAUAUGUGAAAUCAGCCGCUUCCACUGUUGUUAAAAGGCCUUUAGCUCAACAUACCCCACAACUAACCGCCAUGGUGCCAGCAUCAGUACGUGUGAGGAGAGAGACAGCUGGACCGAAGGUGAAACCGAAGCCAUCCGUUUCAUCAGUGUCAGUUGGUUCUGUCCAGCCUGGCGUAGUAACGCCAGCUGUCAUGAAACAGUCAACAGUGAAAGUGUUGUCAUCAUCUUCUUCUUCAUCAGUGAAACCUGCAAGUGUGGAUGAUUCUUACAUGGCGUUCUUGGAGGAUAUGAAAGCUCUUGGUGCUCUUGACAACUGA